GUCAAGUGUGCGCUUCAUGUCAGGCCAUCUGAUACGUGUCUGGACCAUGACAUCAUGUUUUGCCCGUUAGAAAGAUCCAGCACUUGAAUUCUACUGUGCAAAGACCACGCUCACAGCUUUGCAGCCCACUAAUUUACCCUUACUCCUGCCUUUUUUAUGCUGAAGAACCCCCAUUUUGCAUUCGUGUCCAAGUUAGGAAGUGCCUACCGUAGACAAAUGUCCUGAUUUUACCUGUUGCGCUGGCUUACAAAAGGUUCAAGGAGAGUCAAGGAGAUGGAGUAAACACUGACCAUGGUCCCUGAAUUCUGAUUCUCACAGAAAACAAACAUCAUCGUGUUGCCCUCAUCAUUCAGCGAAACGAGUACGACUCGCUUAGAAUCUGCGCUAGAAAAUCUCAAAGAACAUCAGUCCUUUACUUCUCUUAUUAUAAAAAAAGAAAGACACCAUGGGUUCCUCCUUGUCCAAGCGUACGGCGUCAGAGAACGAACAAGAGACUCGCCUUGUGGUGAAGAAGGCUCGCUACGAGUCCUGGGGUGACGCGGAUGUGGUAGUGGCGGUAGGCGAACAAGAAUUCCAAGAAUGCAGCCGCUUUCUUCGUUGCUGGAGCGGAUUCUUUGAGGAUGAACUCGCGAAAGGCUUGACGAGAUUUGAGUUCCCGGAAAAGAAAGCGAGCGAAUGGGAACUGAUCAAGGCGGUUCUGCAUCCGUUUGCCGAAGAAUCCGUCAACACCAGCAACUAUCAUGUCUUGUUGCCGUGGUUUGCGGAGCUCCGCUGUGAGGCUGGGUUGAGUGAAACGGACACUGUCAUCUUGAAGGACAUUGUCGAUCCCUUGUUGGACAAACCCGAGAAGGAGCGUCAACCUGCGGAUGUCGAAGAGAUUGUGACGGUGUUGGAACACUGUGUGGAUUGGAAACGAGAGAACCCUCGCGGACGGUGCAUUACCUUUUUGCGUCAAAUUCUCAAAGAUCCUACCCAGCCGUUUGAGGGAAAAGAGAUCCUCCGCAUGGUGCUGCUCCUAGUGAAGGAUGAUGUCUGCCAGAAGGCAUUGUGGAAAUUUGUCAAGUACUACCUCCCGGCGGAACUCGUCGAGAGCACCACCUUUCCGGCGGGCCAGGUCUCCUUGGUUGCGGACAAUCCGCUCCUCUUGGAUGUCAUCGAGGCCAAUAUGAAGUUGAAGAAGUGCCUCUAUCUCGUCGAACUCAAGCUCAAGCAGGUGGUGGCGACUCAGAAGAACGAGACGGAAGCGGACAAGGAAGAGAAGACUGCGGCUGCGGUCGAAACGGAACCCAAGAAGAAGACUGCGGAACCGGAGAGCGAAAAAAAAGCCAGGAAGAUCAAUCCUUACAAGAAGCAACCCGCCGCCAAGAGCGUUGACGCUCCCGCGGGUGACAAGAAACCGGCCGCCCUGAGUGUCCCCGACAAGAAGAAGAAAAAGAAGCAAGCGGAAGAAGCGGCGGACAAGAAGAAAAAGGCAGCGGAAGAACCGGACUGUGUCGUUCUCGUGGAAGUCUAAAUAUCUGGGAUGGAGCUGGGUAUGAUUUGCGUGUAUUGGAUAUUCCUGCCUUUUUUUGCAAAGCGAAAAGAAAGCCUCCUUUCCUUAGGUCUGCCCUUGUUUGCCCGACGACAACAGGAUCGAUUCAUUAUUGCUCAAGGCCAACCAAAAAGAAAAUACUAUUCUCAGUUAGGAGAAUCAUGCGUAUUAUAACUACAUAGUCAUGGGAUUUUAGAAACAGUC